UGCAACACUUCUAGACAGGAGCAUCACCAGUUGAGUAAGAAAGCAGGAUUUCAUGAGACAGAAUUUGUAAGACAGUAUUUCACAGACAAAAAAAAAGACAGAGUGAGAGAGAGGGGGGGAAGUCUGACCAAAGUGUUCGGCCUCUUCCUGCCUGACGAACAGCUCAGGAAGUUAAGGCAGACACAGAGGGUAGGGCUGACACACAGAAAGAUCUUUUCCCUUUGCCUUUAGGUUUUCCUUUUUCAGUCCUGCUCCGAUCAACAAGAGGAAGAAAAGAGGGAGUGGGGGGGCAGAGAGGAGGUGGAGUUUUCGAUGGAUCUGAGACAGAGGCAGAGUGACAGAGCGCAGUCGAACACUCAAUCUGUGGAAGUAUGAUGGAAGCAAGCGUUGUUUCCCAGGACGCAGGCCACACAACCCCUCUGACAGGCGCACUCGACACUUCAACCACCCCCUCUCCUGACUCCAUCCCUCCAUCUUCUCCCCUUUCACCACGUUCCCUGCCCUCCUCCCACCCUCCUACCCGACCACGCCGACCCAAACCACCACCUCCUAGCUUGAAGUCCUCCCAGUUACCCUCUCGACCUCCUCUUCCUCCAUCCACACCUCCAUCCCUCCCUCCUCCUCUCCCUCCUGUCUCCAAACCUCUCUCUUCCAACCCUCCUCCUGCUUCUGUUCCUCCCACUCUUCCCUUCAACCCUCCUCCCCCAUCUCUUCCUCCCCCUAUCUCCCCUACUCCCAUCUCCCCUCCUCCCUUGCUUUCUCUCCAGUCAACUGUCUCCUCUGAGCUUACUCCCUCUUUUACUCCUCCUCCUCUUCCUUCACCUUUAUCCCCAACAGUCCCAUCCUCCUCCUGCUCCUCACCUCCUCCCCCACCUCUUAUCCCUCCAUCCUCUCCAACACCUUCACUGCUGAGCCCUAUAGAUCGGCUGGUGGGGAGCGCACCCAUAUGGCAGCCCAAAGGACUCAGCCAAGACCAAACCACAAGCAUAAUGGGAAAAGAGACGGCUGGGGCGUUCCUGGUUCACAGCACAGAGGACAAGGGCAUGAUGCUGUCAGUACGGCUGCCUGAAGAACAGGGGAAGCCACUUGUACACGACCUGGCGGUCAAACAGCACAAGACAUUUCUUCACUUAGACGGUUCCUCUCUGAUUUUUGAUGACAUCUUCAAAAUGAUCUCCUUCUACUGUGUCAGCAGGGACAUCCUGGCUGUCCCACUGAGGUUACCCCUGGCCAUUACCACGGCAACUAAGAGAGAGGAGCUGGAGGUCAUCUCUGCUAUGGGCGCAGAUUUCUGGACAUCUGAUUUGAACCAGCAGGCAAAGAACCAGGACCCGGUUUCAGAUCAGAACCACAGCAGUCUGUACCUGUAUGUCAACCCAGUCACUGUGGACGAGAACCCCAACAAAGACCUGAAACCCUCCUCCAUCUCCAAAUCUGAAAUCAUCACCCCUCAAAACAUCAGUUCCUCCUUGCAGAAUGGAGGAACCCCACAGCAAGUCACCCCAGAGGUCAAAGGUCAGACUAAGAUCAUGUCCAACCAGGAAAUUAAAUACAAGAGACCCCCACCACGACCCCCAAGCCUGGGCUCAGGCUCCGGAAUGGGCCUGCUCUUCUCAUCACCUCCCUCUGUUCACAAUUCAUCCUCAGCUGACAAAAAAGAGGAAGGAAAAGGAGGAGUAGUUGGGGAGAGAGAAGAGAGGAAGUUACUAUCAACAUCACCUCCUCCAUCAAGGCCUCCUGUCCCCCCGCAAAGCCGAGCCGCUCCCCCACUGCCUCCUGCUCCUCUCCAUCGCACCUCCUCCAGGAAAAGCACUGACCAAGAGGGAGGAGAAGGGACAGAGAGAGAGAAGGGACAAAAACCUGCAAAGAAAACUGAGAAAGAGGGGGUAGGAGAGAGAGGAGAGGAAAAAACAGGAAGUAAACCAGCUCUGCUGGGUGAGGGUGCUGAAGUAGAGAACAGUAGCAAAAAUGAAGAGGAAGAGGGGAAAAAGGAGGGAGAAAAGGCAGAGGAGAAAGAGGAUGAGAGGGAGGAAAAAGAGGUGAGAGUGGAUAAAGAGGAGGACAAACAAAAAUCCAGCUCCCAGUGUCAGCCGUUGGCAAAGAAACCGUCCCGUCCAGUCCCUCCCCCAAGGAGGAAACCGAGCUCUCCAGGCACACCUGUGUGCCCCAACCAGGCUGGUUUAAUCAAUCAGAGUGCUGGAAUGAGAGCAACCCCUCCCUCCCCAGCACGGCGUCCAGAUGUGUCACUGUACUCUCCUCAGGGGGGCGCUGUGCUGGGAACAGACCCCGACUCCUGCUCGACCAGCAGCACAGAGGAAGAGGGAGAGCCGAACCAGGAGCAGGAGCAAAACCACAGCCGCCCUGCAGAGAGCUGCAGCCCCAAGGUACCAGUAAAGAGAACCCCCACUACGGUUAUGCUGGACCGAGCCCGCUACCGCCUGUCCACUGUCCUCACCGGUCUCAUCAGCCAUGACCGUCGCCUCACGCAGCGCAUUGUGGAGAUGGCCAGGGACCCUCUGACCUAUUUUGGUAACCUGGUGAAAGAGCACCGUGCAUUCACCCUGGAGACCAUGUCGAAGCACUCCACCUCCACUGAGCUGUUACAGGAGAUAAGACAAAUGAUGACACAAUUGAAGAGUUACUUGCUGCAGAGUACUGAGCUGCAAGCCAUGCUGGAGCCACAACAUCAGUAUGCACAAGACAAACUAGAGAGCAUAGUAGAAGCAGCUCUAUGUAAGAGUGUACUGAAGCCACUGAGGGAGCCAAUUUACCAGAGUCUGGAGAAACUGCACGAGAACAACAACAGCCUGAAACAGCUGGCACAGAACCAGUCUGUUGUUCUAGGCAGCACCACCACAGCAUUAGGAAUAACCACUGCUGUCCCUGAGGCCUCUUCUAUGGAGAGGAUCAGCAUCAAACUGAAUAAUCUCCAUUUGGAGUAUUCUCCUCAGAAAAAGAUUGAGCUGCUGCUCAAGGCCUGCAAGAUCAUCUAUGACUCCAUGUCUGUCAGCUGUCCAGGGCGGACCCAUGGUGCUGAUGACUUCCUGCCUGUAAUGAUGUACGUCCUGGCUAGAUCCAAUCUGUCCAACUUGCAGCUGGAUGUGGAAUAUAUGAUGGAGUUGAUGGACCCAGCACUAACACUAGGAGAAGGUUCCUAUUAUCUGACAACCACCUACGGGGCCCUAGAGCACAUCAAGACUUUUGACCAGCAGAGGUCAGCAACACGGCAGCUCAGCAGAGAGGUUCAGGACUCCAUCCACCGCUGGGAGAGACGACGCACGCUCAACCAGGAGCGCAUGGCCCAAGGAUCUAUCCGGGACUUCCUGACAGUGUGCUGUCCUGAGAUUGGAAAAAACCCCAAAACUCUGGGUGUUCUCCCCACCACCACAAUCGAACAGCUAUCUGAACAGUGUGCUGCUCGCUUUGAACAAGACUCCUACAUGCUCAGUGUGUAUAUGGAUGACGUUCACCAGCCCCUGGCCCCUACAGAGCUGGCCCUCAGUGUUAAGAACAGCUUGCAACCAGGAGCCUACUGCUUUGUCUAUCACCCUAUCGACCAACCCAUCAACCCGCCCGUCCGCAGCUGCCCCACUGACCCGCCUCCAGCUCCACCUACAGAAAUCUGUUUUCAAGCUGACAUAGCAGCUGCUGAUACUGUGGAGCCAGAAGCGGAAGAGGAGAGCCUGAUUAGCUUGUAACUGCUCCAGCAACACAGUGGCAGCUGCUGUAUUGCUAUGGUAACUACAUCACUGUGGUGACAGUGUAACCACGGUGACUGCAUCAGCAAAGCACUGAUUCAAAAGAAGAGGGGGGAAAAAAUUAGAAAUGUGUUUUACUCUCAGGUCUCUUGAAAUAUUGAUCUAAUUGAGACUUAAAUGAAGGCAGAAAAAAAUAUAGAACUGAUCUGAUCUUCAGCCUUUCUCCGUGCCUUUGGAUAAAAAGUCCACAUCAGUGUGAUCAGGUUCAUAAUUCAGUAGACAAAAUACAGUAGACUAUAGUAUGGCUCUCUUCUUUUGUAUGAAUUUAAUACAAGCUUAAGUCUCAGAUUGAUAUGAUGUUAUGCAUAUUACCAAAGAGAGCAAUAAUUAAAUAAAACAAGACAUAAAAGUAUCAUUUUGUAUCUCAACAUGGGGUCUGGUACCCCAGGAGAUGGAGGGGAAUGUGGUUUUAUAGAAUGUAAAAGUACAUAUAAUUCUACCAUGCACAUGUAUGAUCAUGUUUAUACUGUUUAUACUCUAUGAUCUGUCUCUGAUUACUUGGGUUCAGGAUUAUCGUGACAGGAUGAAACUGUAAUAUCUGUAAUUCCACAGCAUUUACAUCAGUAUUACUCUGAGAAGAAUAGCUGCUACAACAUGUUUUGAGGAGAAAGUCCAUUGUGUGUGUGUGUGUGUGUGUGUUUGUGUGAGUGUGUGUGUUUUGUAUUUAAAGCACAAGUAAUAGUAGCAGCUAUAUGGACCAAAACUUUCACUCCAAUAUCCCAAGUAAGCAUUAACAAGUUUCAUUCCACAUUUUGUCUUUUAUAUACUGGAUCUGAUCUGAUCUGUAUUGUAAAUAAAGUUGCUUUUACAGUUUA